CUCACGUUUGGAUUCCUGCACUCUUGGAGUUUCUCCGGUUACUUCUGCGGGUACCACCAGAGUGCUGAGCUGAACUAGGAUACACCCUCACCUCAGCAUCUUCCCAAACUACCACACAAACAAGAAGAUUGUGUUUUCUCCCCCCCUACCCUCCCACACCCCCUCCUGCUCUUGAGUUUCUUGCAUUGCUUACUUGCUGCAAAGUUCAUUCCUCUUUUUCUGCUGCAGCAUCUGGGGUGCAACUCUUCAAGUUACCUGCGCUGAAGGAGGUCGUCCCCGGCGUUAAGAAUUACGGAUGGAGCUUUGAAUUUCUAUUAUUUUUAUUUUUAUAUAACAGCGGAUAUUGGGAUACUCGCUAAUAAAUUCGCUCAAGUGGAGCUUUUGGGCAAAUACCAUAGCGAUGCUGUGGAUGUGACUUCAAACAACAGCUUCACAACGGUAGACUCCUGUGCACCACAAUGAAAGACGACUUUGCUGAUGAGGAGGAGGUGCAGUCCUUUGGGUAUAAGAGGUUUGGAAUCCAGGAGGGUACAGAGUGCACCAAGUGUAAAAAUGACUGGGCAUUACGGGCAGCUAUUGCACUGCUCUAUGUCCUCUGUGCCCUGCUCACCAUAGCAGUGGCUGUCCUUGGGUUCAAAGUGGUCCAGAAAAUGGACAAUGUCACACAGGGGAUGCAGAAUUAUGGAGGCAAGAUUGAUGCUGUGGAGACAGACUUAAAGAAGCUAGAUUAUCAGGCAGGAGAAAAGUCCAUAAAUGCCACCAGCGAAAUCAAGACUUUUAAGUCAGAUCUUGAAGCAUUACAGAGCCAACUGAAUGACAUUGCUGUCAGGGCAACCAGAAACAGGGACAUGCUGGAUGAACUUCGAAACACAGGAGAUGACAUGCAAAACAGCCAUGUUUCCCUGCAGAGUUUUUUGGAAGGCAACACUGCCUCACUGCGUGGGGUCAACCAAACCUUGGCCUCCUACAGUGGUAUGAUUGAGAAUCUCCAGACAGACACUGCAUGGCUUCAGUCAGAGAUAACGAGCCAGGUCACAGUGCAGAGCCAGACCCAGGUUAAUGUCAAUGCACUAAACAUCACCCAAUCCCAGCAGCGCAAUAUACUCAGCACGCUGCAGAAGACGGUUGAAGACACAGGCCAGGCAGUGCAGAAACUGAAGAAUGACUAUCAGGGUCUGCAGCAGACAGCCAGACAGACCCGGGCUGACACAGAGUGGCUAAAGGAAAAGGUCCAGAACCUCCAGGUUUUGGCAGCCAACAACUCAGCAUUGGCUCGGUCCAACGGAGAGACUCUGGAUGACUUGGGGGCUCAGCUCAGCACACUAGCUAGCCAGAUCCAGAAUGCCUCAGCCCUCACUGAGGGACAUGAUCAGAAUCUGCGUGAACUCAUGGACCACCAGAGAGACCAUGAUAACACCACCUCGUCAAAGUUCGAUGAGAUGGAAGCAAGGUUAGACAAACACGAGUAUGACAUGGAGCUUGUAAAUGGAAAUAUGACUUUUGCCUCGCAGCUACUGGGUGCCAUUAACACUGAUCUCAAUGGCCUGAGGUCCUGUGCUGAGACAGUGAUGCGACAUUCAGACCUGUUACUGGGGCUGAAUGGGAGUGUGACAGAGGCCAAGGCAGACAGCCAAGAGCUGCGCGCCCAACAGGACGAGCUGGCGGCAAGGUUGGACAAAGAGGUCAGCAGCCUGUCUGGGGUGAUGGAGGAGAUGAAGCUGGUGGACAGCAAGCACUCACAGCUCAUCACCAACUUCACUAUCCUGCAGGGUCCACCAGGUCCAAGGGGCCCCAGGGGUGACAGGGGUCCUCAGGGCCCAGUGGGCCAGGCAGGACAGAAGGGCGAUAAAGGAGACAAAGGGAUGCCAGGAUUGGUGGGACCUAAAGGAGACAAGGGUGCUCCUGGACCGCCAGGUGCGACAGGCCCAAAGGGUGCAGCUGGGACUCGAGGCCUUCCAGGGGCUAAAGGAUCAAGAGGGUCUGGAGGUCGACCUGGAAACCCUGGUGACAAAGGUGACCCUGGAGCUCCAGGACUCCCUGGCAGGGAUGGACAGUCAGGGAUGCCAGGACCUCAAGGACCACAGGGCCUCAGAGGAGCAGCAGGACCUGCAGGGUUGGAGGGGCCUCGUGGGCCUGUUGGACCUAUCGGCCCUCCCGGUCCUCCAGGGCUACCAGGGAUACCUGCACCUGCACCACCUCCUCCUCUUUCAAAACCUCCUCAGCCCUCCCUGGCCCCCGAACCCCCCAAACCACCUCAACCUCUCAAACCAGCAGAGGAACCGCAAGCCACCACGUCCCGGCAGGUCCAGCUUCCUGUUGCUACCACUCAAACUCCUGGUUGCCCACCUGAGUUCAGAAAGUUUGGAGAAAGCUGCUAUUACUUCUCCUCUGGUGCUCAGAGACUUAACUUUGAUGAGUCCAACCAGUUUUGUACCAACAAGUCAUCUCAUAUGCUCAUUAUCAAUGACAAUGAAGAACAGCAAUUUGUGAGAAAUGCGAUUGCAGGAAAAGGCUACUUCUGGCUGGGCCUCACUGACAGGGAGGAGGAAAAUGUCUGGAAGUGGGUGGAUGGAACCUUACCAGUUUUCAAGAAGUGGAAGCCUGGCCAGCCUGAUAACUGGACCCACGGCCAUGAAGAUGGCGAGGACUGUGCCGGCCUUAUCCAUAAUGCCAACUGGAAUGAUUUCUACUGCACUGACCGCAUUGGCUUCAUCUGUGAACGGGCUUCUGACUUGGAGGUUCCAGUUUUAUAGCAUCCAUCGACGACAGUGUGAGCUGUCUCUGGAAAAAGAGCGAAGAGGACAAGAUGCAAGGACAAUGAAGAACAUGAGGAGGAGCUCUAGAGAACUAGAGGACUCUGAUAAAGCCAGUCCAGUCGAGCAUCACUGAGACUGGGACUGAUCUUUGUCUUAAAAGGCACUUUACAACACAGUAUGGUGCAAAAGACAGAAGAUGCACACACCCAGCCCCACUAUUGUACUGAUUUAGUAUUUGUACUGAAGAAAACAUGAGAAUGUAGUCAUUUAUUUAGGCUAUACUAAGUCAUUAUUUGGUGCAGCCACUGGUGUACAGGUGUAUCUGUAAAUAAUAUUUCACAAAGGAUACAGUGUUGGUUUGGAUUGAAUUUCAUAUGGUUUCAUUUCUUGACUGGCUUCUCAAUUUUUACACUUACAAAAAAUUUAUAACAGAGGAUUAUGUUUUUAAUAAAGUGGAACUAUUUUUGUACCGUCAUCUCAGAUUCUGAAAUAAGCUCUUGGGAAAAAUGAUGAUUACCCACCAUCAGCAUUACUCACCAUCAGCAAAUGACUGCAAACUCAGAUAAUACAUAGAAAUAACGCUGGUGUAAAUUUCACCUUUUUGCAAACUCUUUCUUCUUUUUGAGAAUAGAUGCUCAGUGUGAGCAGUGCUGCUGUUUUGUGAAGGGCAGUAUUUCUUAGACUUUAGACCGCCAGUAUGAGUUAUAUGUGAAGUACACAUUAACAAUAUGUAAAUGUUUUGUAAUGUAGCCAGCAUAAGAUGAUUUAUUCAUUAUGCCAAAUACAGUGUUUGAAAUAUGUUACAUGUUUGCAUAAUCAGUUGUAAUUUUUGUAUGAUUGACCUUUGCCAAUUCACAUAAUGCUUGAGGACAUUUGUAAUCUGGAUCAAGGCUCAUUAUGCCUUUUUAAAUUACCAGGUUCCCAUGAAUCAGCCCAGAACACUUAUUACAAUAAAAUAAAAAUAAAAACUGUG